AUAAAUAAGAAAAAACAAUCGAAAAUCGGGUCAGGGUCCUUUUCUCCUUCUUCGCUUUUCUAGUUAUACUCUCGCUUUUUAGAGUUAUAAUUCAGCUGCUCAAUUGAAGGAGUUUCGCUUUGUCAAUCUUGCCUUUUCUCCUGUUAAUAUUGCUAAGAGACGACCAGAGUCCUUCAAAUUCUAGAAUCUCUGUUCUAAUAACAAUGGGUGGGCUGCCUUUGCAAAGUGCUUCCUCUACCUUAGCUUUGUCAGGAUCAGAACAAAAUAAGGGUUCGGCAAUUACGCCAUCUGUACCGGAAUCAAAGCCGAAAAAGAAGAUAUGCUGCGCCUGCCCUGAUACUAAGAAACUAAGAGAUGAAUGCAUUGUGGAACAUGGUGAAUCGGCUUGUGCAAAAUGGAUUGAGGCUCAUCGUCAGUGCCUUCGUGCUGAGGGCUUUAAUGUUUGAGUUUUAGAUUGUGAGUUGAUAAACAAAUACUAUUUUGGGAUAUAGGAUAACUUCUUUUGGAAUCACACAUGCCUUAUACCAGUCGAGAAAUAAAGCAAGAAAAGGAUGGCUUUUCUUGACAAGUUUAUUUGUUUUACCGCCUACAUUUAACUAAAAUUGUGAACCAGGAUUAACAAUUAAAUGGAUGUAUACAUUGAUUAAAACUUAA